GAUGUUCCCACUUGCAAGCAGCUCUUCUUUAUCUUCAAGCACAAAGAGGGUGAACUCUCUCUAAGCAGCCAAGUAGGCAAUCUGCCAGGGAGCUGCAGGAGCGAGGGAUACAGAGAGCUUCCAAACAGCCUCACAGCUCAACUCCUCUUCAGUCUUACUGGAAUGAGAAAACUGCUUGCACAGGGCUGGUGCUUUGUAGCUCUGCAGGGCCCCUGCCCCAGCAUUCUCUGAAGGGCUGAAGCAGUGUGGAGGAGCUACAGUAGAUAAGGUACCGUGUCAUGUCCCCUCCUAAUGGCCACAAAUCCCUGUGGCUGGUGCUUCUUUUUGGAAUGGGAGUGAUGGCAAAGAGCCUGAACUGUCCAGCAAAGUGUACCUGUCAAUACCUGGAAGUGAACUGCACAGGGCAGCAGCUGCAAGAUUUCCCCAUGACCAUUCCACUGGACACAAGGCAGCUGAUUCUGGCUACCAACAACAUCUCCUACCUGCCAUCGGUGGAGCUGAAUUUCCUAAGUGACUUGGUCUAUCUGGACUGCAGGGAGAAUGCCAUUAGUGAAGACCUGGAUUUCGCCUUCAUCAGUCUCAACAAGCUCAUAUACCUAGACCUCAGCUUCAACAACCUCACCCGGGUCACUUUCACCACUUUCUCCCAGCUCAGUAGCCUGGUAGUGCUGAAGAUCUCGGACAACCCAAAUCUGGUGGAGAUUGAGAAGGAUUCCUUUGCCAACAACACCUGGCUGAGGCACCUGGAUGUGAGCCGGACUGGCUUGACGUUCCUGGAUAUUAGUAUUGUCAAGGAUCUGCCCAAUCUGAAGUCCCUGGGUCUAAGUGAAAACCUCUGGAACUGUAACUGCUCCUUUUUGGAGUUCACCCUCUGGAUGAAAGAGAGUGGCGUUCGCUUCCCAGAUCCUGAGAACAUCUCCUGCUACAGCCCAGCAGCUCUACAUGGCUGGUCAAUGCCUGGGGUGGAGUCGAAGCUCCACUACACAUGUCUCCUCCAUUUACAUGAUACAGACUAUGCCUUCCUGGGUCUGAUUGGCUUCUGUAUAUUCUCUGCCGGCACUGUGGCAGCCUGGUUGGCUGGAAUGUGUGUAGCGCUAUAUGAAUUCCACACAACAAGAGGGGGGGAUGAUGAAGACGAAGAUGAAGAUGAAGAAGCAACCACCUAGAACUAGCCUCUGAAGCUCUGGUGAAUAACUACGCUGGGAUGCCCGAGACUGAUACUAGACGUACCUUUCUCUUGGUCCCCCUGGGCUUUCCCCAUAUAUCUGCCUUUCCAGAUGAGAUUCUUGUGACCCAAAAUAUAACUGCAGGAAUCCUUUUGCUGUAAUUUAACCCUCUUUUGGGGAAUUUCUUACUUCCUCCUUCUUUUCUCCAAAAUUUCUUUCUCCCCCUGGGCUUGGGCCAUUGACAAACUAAUUGAUGCCUGCCAAAAGUAUGGUAAGUGCUCAUCUAUCAACCAGCCAGAUAAUUAGUAUUUGUUCUUUAUGGAGUGCACCAAAAUAGCUAAGAACCUUCCUGAAUAUGUAGAAAGCCAUGAGCAAAGACAUUCAAAAAUAGGGGCCUAAAGUCAUGCUCAUAAAUUCAUAUUUAGGCUCUUGGACUAUGUGUCCUGAUUUUCAAAAAUGUCAAGCAUUCAAAAUGUCAAAAAUGUCGAGCAAUGGUGAUCACUGGAAGUUGCUGGGAGCUAAAUGCUUUUGAAAAUCAGGUUAUUUCUUUAGGAGCCUAAAUAGGGAUUUAGGAACCCAACUUCAGGCUCCUGUUCUUGAAAAUUUUGGCCAUGGCCCCUGUCCCAGAGAGCUUGCAAUCUAAGUAUGGUUUGUAAAAGAUAUACAAGUUAUUCCCCAAAAGAUGCUGGAGAUGAAGCAGCCAAGUGUUACAGAAAGAUCACCAUAGAGUGACUACUAGCUGAUAUAUAUGUUUAACAUCCCCUUAAUAUUGCAGCCAGGAAGAGUUCAACUUAGCUCUUACUGGUUGAAACUAAUAGCAUGUCUCCUAGAAUCUUACUUGAAAGAUUAAUGCAGAUUGGUUUGGACAUGAGCUGCUGGAAAACAAACUGCCUGAAGGACAAUAAAUAUAUGGUAAUGAUAAACGACAA